AUGGACAAGUUACCAGGACCAGUGACAGAGAGGCUGCAGAUUUCUCCCAAACUGGAUUCACAGCAUCCACUGACAUCUCCUGCAGAGAAGUACUACCAAGCCCUGGUCACAGGGAACCUGAGGAGCCUGCAGGUGCUGACAGACAGAUACUAUGAAGAUGUCAACCUGGUUUUUGAGAUCAGUAAAAACGAGAUGGAGUGGCAGGUGAAAAGCCAAGCAUUUUAUGGACUCUCAGGGCUGUGGUCGCUGGAAUACAAGCAGGAGCUGAGCACACCUCUGUGCAUCGCUGCCAGCCGGGGCCACAUCGCCUGCCUGCGGCACCUCCUGCAUCGUCAGGCUGACCCCGAUCUGGCACCGGGGGGCUGGGCCCCUCUGCAUGAAGCCUGCCGUGGGGGGCACGCUGCCUGCGUCGAGCUACUGCUGGAGCACCAGGCUGAUCCCAACCUCCAGAGCGACGAGGGGCUGGCCCCGCUGCAUCUCUGCACCACCCGCAACUCGCUGCGAUGCGCCGAGCUGCUGCUGAAACACGGAGCCACCAUUGACCUGCCCAGCGAGGACAGCGGGGAGACAGCACUGCACGUGGCAGCCAAGCACGGCCUCUAUGACCAUGCCCACCUCUACCUAAGGCACGGGGCAGAUGUGGAUGCCCGCAGCACCCGGGGUGAGACGGCUUUGGGGUUAGUCUGCAGGCAGGCCCCAGAUGCUGUUGAGGAUGCCCUGCAGCUGUGCAGGCUGCUUGUGGUGCACGGAGCCAAGCUGGAUGCACGCGACGAGCUGCAGAGGAGCCCUCUGCACGAAGCCUGUGGGGCAGCCAACAACGUGCUGGUGAGGUUCCUGCUGAGGCGUGGGGCAGAUGUCAAUGCCAUUGACUACAACGGCAUCUCCCCACUGGGCUGUGUGCUGCAGGCAGCUGCCUUCAAGCAGGAGCUGAGGCCUCACCUAGUCGUGCAGCUGCUGCUCAACUACGGAUCCCAAAAAAUAUGGCCCCAUGCCUUUGCCAAGGUGCUGAGGUCCUGUGCAGCUGUGCCAGAGAUCAUUGAAAUCCUCAUCAACUCCUACUCACAAAUCCCCAUCUCUGAGAAGUGGGUGGAGGCUGUGCCAGAGGAGGUCCUGCAGCAGCACCAGCCAUUCUAUGAGUCCUUGUUCCGGCUGGCAGGCGCAGUCCGGUCCCUACAGCACCUGUGCCGUUCCACCAUUCGGAAGAAAUUUGGCAGCCGGUGCCACUGCCUCAUCCCAUCACUGCCUGUGCCCAAACCACUGCUGGAUUACCUGCUGCUGGAACCAGAGGGUGUCCUGCUCUGA